ACACCGGUUCGGAACUUGGGAUGGAAAAAGAACAAACCUAAAGAAAGGAGGAGCAAGGAGAAGCACGUUGAUCCGCGUCUUUGGGUUACUUCAACGCGGUGCGUUAAUGCGUAUCGCUGGUCAUAAUCAUUCGUGAAUCUUUUCUACUCCUCGACAGUGGAAUCCGGAGCAGGGAAAAUAUCGCCUGUUUUUACGGUGCAUACCAACGUCGGUCUGCCUGUCUCGUUUAUUAAGGAAUACGGCCAUGGCGUCGUCUGAUCAACCGAUUGACGUUGUUCCAGACUCUGCGACUGACGAUACAGAAACACCGGAGAGUACAAAGGAAUUGGCAGAAUCAAAAAAGAAAGUUGCUAAUCAAUAUUAUUCACAAAAACAGUACAAGAAAGCAUUGGUUGGUUACAAUGAAGUUAUUGUAUUGUGUCCUGAUAUAUCGCAUUACUACAGUAAUAGAGCAGCAUGUUACAUGAUGCUUGGGCAAUACCGAGAUGCACUGGCAGACGCUAAAAGAUGUAUCGAACUGGAACCAACAUUUUCUAAAGCAUAUGUAAGAAUGAUCAAGUGUUGCUUGAUUUUGGGAGACAUUUUAGAAGCUGAGACAUCAUUAAAGAAAUUGAUGGACUUUGAUUCUAAUAACGAAUCAAUAGCUGCAGAACAAAAAGACAUAGCAUAUGUAAAAAAAUUCCUUAAGGAUGCUGAUGCUGCUUACAAUGCCAAGGAUUAUCGUAUGGUUGUAUAUUGUAUGGAUCGUUGUUGUGAUAUAAGUACAUCUGGAACACGUUUUAAAUUGAUCAAAGCAGAAUGUCUGGCGCUUUUAGGAAGAUAUCAGGAAGCUCAAGAUAUUGCAAAUAAUGCUUUACACAUCGAUAAACAGAACGCUGAAGCGUUAUAUAUUCGUGGAAUGUGUUUGUACUUCCAAGACGAUGUUGAUAGAGCUUUUACACAUUUCCAACAAGUACUGCGACUUGCACCAGAUCAUGAUAAAGCAUUGGAAAUAUACAAAAGAGCAAAAUGUUUGAAAAAGAAGAAAGAAGAAGGAAAUGCAGCAUUUAAAAGAGAACAGUAUCAAGAGGCUUAUAAUCUUUAUAAUGAAGCCUUAACUAUUGAUCCACACAACAUUAUGACUAAUGCUAAGUUGCAUUUUAAUAAGGCAACAGCUGCAGCUAAGUUAGGAAAGUUAAAUGAAUCUGUAGCAGAAUGCACAAAGGCUUUAAAACUCAACGAAAAUUACCUAAAAGCUCUUUUAAAAAGAGCGAGUAUUUAUAUGGAACUCGAAGAAUAUGAAGAGGCAGUUUAUGAUCUUGAAAAAGCGUGUAAAAUGGAUAAGACUAAUCGCGAAACGAAACGAUUACUCGGAAAAGCUAAAUUGCUAUUGAGGAAAUCUAAAAGAAAAGAUUAUUAUAAGAUUUUAGGUAUUGAUAAAGAUGCAUCUACCGAAGAUAUUAAGAAAGCUUAUAGGAAACGGGCUCUGGAUCAUCAUCCAGAUCGUCAUGUUAACGCCAGUGAAGGAGAGAAAAGAGAACAAGAAAAAAAAUUUAAGGAAGUUGGAGAAGCUUAUGGGAUUCUCUCGGACCCCAAGAAACGAUCUCGCUAUGAUCGUGGUCAUGAUUUAGAUGAUAACGAGGGUGGUUUUCAAGAUAUGGAUCCAAACGCAAUGUUCCACUUCUUCUGUGGUCAAGAUGGAGGCUUCCAAUUCCAAUUUCAAGAUGGAGGUUUUCCUAGUAGUGCUUUUCAGUUCCAGUUUCCAGGUUAACGAUAUUUUAAAAAAAUAUGAUACAAUGUAUCCAACUGUACAUGGAAUUCGAUGGUAUGAUAUUCGUCUGUUUUUAGUAAAUACUGCAUCGAAUUAUUCGAAUACUUAAGCCCACGAUGCAACAUAGUAUCAUUUACAUUUCAUAAUUUUGAAAUUGAUAAACAUAGGUAUUUGUCUGAGCGAUUAACACACCUAUUUAUUUAAAUGCGACAUAA